UGCCGGCAUACUGUCAGGAAGCUCCCUGACAGUUUUUAAUACUGCCGGCGUACUGUCAGGAAGCUACCUGACAGUUUUUAGUACUGCCGGGUACGUGCCUGACACUGCCGGGUCGAUGAAAAAGUGGCUGGCGGGUGACGUCACGAAGACCCACCACUGCCGCCCGUCUCCCGUCAGGCAGAGAUCCAACCCCCUCUCGAGAAUCUCUGUCCAGGAAGUUUAAACAAAUAUUUUAUCACAACACAAACUUCUCUACACAAACCGGAGCAGCAGAACUUAAACAAGGACCUUUACAGAGGACGCUAUUGUAUGGAGACCUUUGGGUGUCCUCCCUCUUUCAGGAUGAAGAACAACAUCUUAGAAAGACACUGAAAGUUACAGGGUAUCACCAUGCUGAUGCAACUAGCAUAUGUUUCUUCAGUCCUAGGAGUGCUGUCUGCAUCUGUAGUUAAAGAUGUUAAGGUUGGGGACUCUGUCACACUCCCCUGUAAAGACCAUGAGCUUAAAGACAGACCUGUGGAGCAGCUGGAUGUUCAGUGGCGGCUGGGAGAACAGCUGGUCAGUCGACUGUACCGAGGCCAGGUCAACUACGGAAUCAACUACAGGAACAGGACUGAACUUCCAGCAGAAGGAUCUAGUCGUGGAGAUUUCUCCCUGAUCAUCACACACACACAGCAUGGAGACAGUGGAGUUUAUCAGUGUGUGAUCAGGAGAAAGAACCAGGAGGAACCUCUGGGAGAAGUUGAGCUCAGGGUAGAAGCCCCCCGUUAUCCCAGUGCUGUGUUUGUUAAGGUGGGUGAGGAUGUGGUUCUGCCCUGCUUCGGUCGUGUAGACUGGUGGGGUCCAGACGCUGAGCUGGUCAGGUGGAACAGAGAAGAUUCAGAUCAGACAGAGGUUCUGCAGUGGGAAAAAGGUUCUUUCUAUGUGAAUCCCCAGUUUGCUGACAGAGCAUCACUUCGUGAGGAAGGAAUUGUUCAAGAUUACCUUCCUCUGGUUCUGAAGAAUCCUCGUCAAGAAGACAAGGGUCUUUAUGUUUGCUUGUUCGUGAAAGAUCAAAAAAUCAAACAAGCUGCCAAAAUUAAUCUGACUGUGACAGAUCAUAUGACCCAGGUCAGGGCUGAGUUUGGUACCUCAGUGCUCCUCCCCCUCCACAGCACGUCUGCAGUGAGUGUGUGGUUCCUGCCUGAUGGAGGGAACGAUACUGUACGGGUGUGUGAGGUGGAGGAAGGUCAGCUGAAGUGUGAAGCAGAGUACACACACCGCACAGUUCUAAACAAUGAUUUCCUGGAGCUGAAGAACCUGUUGCUGUUGGAUUCUGGAACAUUCUCAGUGAUGGAGAGAGACAGUCAGCGCACUGUCAGUGUACUCAUCCUACAGGUGUUCCGCACACCUCCACUUCCAUCUUCAGGAAAACAUGUGGUGAAAGCAGACUUUGUAGCAGUGAUAAUAAUAACAGCAGCGUUCGUGGGGAUUGCUGUGACUACUGUGAUGAUCGCAUUGCAACAAAAGAGGUUGAGUCAGGUGGUGAAGCGGCUGAGAGGUCGUGGAGCAGGUAGCAAAAGUCAUCACCAGGACCAUUCUGAUGCCACCAGCAGUAACACAGUAAUUCAGCUGCACCUUCCAAACAGCCAUCAGAAAAUGCAUUUUUCAAACGCAAGCAAUCCUAGCGAAUAAUGGAUGAACUAAUGCAUGACGAGAGUAAAAAAUGAGCCAGUUCUGCGUGUGUUUUCCAAAGAGCUUAGCAAAGCGAAACUUAAUGAGUUUAAAGACCGUCUUUGUUAACCCCUUCCUCAAAACAUUAUACACAUUCUGAAUUUCAAAUACCAAAGGCAUGUACAGGUAUUGUAAAGUACUCAUAAAAACACAUAUGAAUAUAUGUGCGGCUGCUCGGGGCGGCGUGACAGGUGGAGCGGCUGCUCGGGGCACCGGGACAUUCAGAGCGGCGGCUCUCGGUGGCGCCGUGACAGGUGGAGCGGCUGCUCCAGAAGCUGGGGGCGGGCUCUGGCUCGCGCAGUAGGGCGUCGAAGGGGAAUUCCCCAGCGUCACACCAGAGAGGCGGUGAGUAGCCGGGGGCGGGCCUCCCCUUUUUCCUCCGGCGAGGCUUUUUUUUUUUUUUUUUAGAAAAAAAAAGGCAAGACGAAACUCAGGUGUGGCUUCGGGCGGCCAAACAAAGGCACGAUUUGAGCCCAAUACCACCCCGUGCCGUGCUCCGCUCCGCAGCUUCCUUCCAACCAGGUCACUGGACCCCGCCCAAAAGGGGCGGUUUUACAUUGUACUUGACUAUUGUAAGUCGCUUUGGACAAAAGCGUCUGCCAAAUGUAAUGUAAUGUAAUGUAAUGGUAGGCCCCUGGGGUUAGGGGCGUGACCACUGUGACCCAGAAGGAGGAAGCACACAGAGAACACAGACACGGGGAGUAAAUGAACUCAAAUCAUACCUUUAUUAGCUCGAAAAUGCCCUCCACCACACCCAGAAUAAACUUAAACAAACAUAGCUCGCCCAAUGGUGCUCUAGAGUCCGUAGAAAUUAACUUCAGCUUCGUUUUAAAGGUCCGUGCAGCCUCAGCCCUCAGCUCCCCAGUCCAAGUCCUCCCAAAUGAUGGCGGAGGCUGAGUAUAUAUGCCUGUCUCAACUGGCGGCUCAAUCAGCCCUCAUGCGGGCCAGCUGAGAUAGGCAUGGCUUUGCGCUCUGGCGUGGGGCGGACCCACAACUCCCCCGCCUCCUCACGCCACAAUAUAUAUUUGCAAGCUGACAUCACAGAGUUUGGUGUUUAAGGUCCUGAACUGCAAUCAGAAUCUAAUCAGAAGUACUUUGAAAAUAAAGAGUGGGUCGAGUUAUUGGUUAACUUGCAAUCGAGUUUACAUAGUACUUUAGUUACAUAUCAGUUUGAGAAACACUCUUUAAUUAACAAUAUGUUUUAAGUGAAAGUUUACGAAGUUCUUAGCAUUACAAAGGUUUGUUCUGGGUCAGUGUUAAAAAAGAGGCGUGUGAUGCUGGUGGUACAAACGUUAAAAUUUUGAUACACAAGCCAUAGAAGUAUUUCACAGAUUUUAGUUUAGAUUUGAAAUUUUCCUGUGGAAAUCUUUUUUUUUUUUUUUUUUUUACAGUAAACAGCACUGAUGAACAUUUUUUUAUACUGCAUUGUAUGCUAAAACAUUUGGCUAAAUGGUGAAGACCAAAAACAUUUGGAUUAAUAGAGGAAUGCA